GGUUUUUGCGAACACAAUUACAACAUUCGGAGCGAGGGAGCGAGAGUCGAGAUAUUUCGUGCUCCGGCAAUAUGGCCGGCCAGAUGUACAGAAGUAGGGUGGUGUCACAGUGGUGUUAGUGACGUUAUUAUUUAUGUCGUAUUAUCGAAAAUCCUGUCCGAAUCUCGCGUGUUUUCAUGGACUGGGCGAGAUAUUACUGUGCAAAAGCAGAAAUUCGGUUUGCAUGAGGUCAUAGCACUCGAAUCAAAGCCCAGCGAACAUGAACGAAGUGAGCAUAUCAUCUGCCCGCGCCUCGGUGAUGGUGUACGACGACAUCAACAAAAAAUGGAUACCGAGCGGCUCGUCAUCAGGAUUAUCGAAAGUUCAACUGUAUCAACAUCUUGUCAACAAUACGUUUCGCGUUGUUGGAAGAAAAUUGCAGGAUCACGAGAUUGUGAUAAAUUGUGCUAUACUCAAGGGAUUGAAGUACAAUCAGGCGACAGCUACGUUUCAUCAAUGGCGCGAUAACAAGCAGGUUUACGGUCUCAAUUUUUCAAGCAAAGAUGAUGCCGAUGCCUUCGCACGUUCCAUGCUCCAGGCACUUGAUGUGCUAAGCAAUGGGAGCAACAUAUCACGCAGUCUUGGUCCGACAGUCACACCGGCAACUCAACAACAACCUGCGUAUCCGCAACAACAACCGCAGCAACCGCCGCAGCAACAACAACCCUCGUCCCAACAACAACCGCCACAAAUGAAUCCGCAAUACGACGAGGACAUGGGCUACAGGACCAUGACCAGAGAGGACGUCGCGAUUAUUCAGGAACGCAGGAUGUCGCAGCAAAGCCAACCUGCGAAUGGCCCAAGUGCGAUAUCCCCGAGUUGUCCCCCCCCGACGGGACAACAGCAGCAGCAGCAGCAGCAACAACAGCAACAAGGGCCCGGUCAUCACAGAACGUCAUCGGCGCCUCCAGCGCCCCAGCCACCGGUAGCGUUGCAGCAAGGACAAAUAGCAGCGCAGAUAAUGCCACAAAUGUCGGUUGGUCCGCCGAUACCGCCACCUCAACCGCCAGUAGCAGCACCGCCGGCGCCACCUUGUCCUCCAUCGAUGAUGAACUUUGGAGCGCCGGCGCCACCCCCAAUGAUGACACAGUACGCACAACAAACCGCUUCCCAAUCGAGUAUCCCCUGUCAAUCGCAAUCCCAGCCGAUUUACGCAACGAAUCAAUCAACUAAUUAUUCUAAUAACGGGCAACAAGCUCAAUAUAACGUUAAUAAUCAGUCUCAGACGCAAUACUCGACCGGGUCUAAUCAGAAUAACGGUAUUUAUGGUCAAAACAAUGGUCAAAAUGGGAUUUACAGUCAGGCGGGAGCGACUUCAGGUCAAAGUAAUAGUCAGUACGCUGUUAACAACGGUAGCCCUGGUCAAUUUGCCACUAAUAAUCAAUACGGUAGCAGUAAUUCGAUUAAUUCAUAUGCCAGCGGCUCGAGUCAAUACGCAACCGGUCAAACGCAAUUUGGUAACGUCGUACAAACAAACGCACAGUUGCAAUACGGUGGACCUGCUCAAACUGCCAUUACAAGCACUAAUCCUUACGGUACCCCAACCAACGCGGUUAAUCAAUACACCACCGGCGGCACUACCUUUAAUUCUAAUGCUUACAAUCCCAUUAGCAACAGUGGGCCACCACCACCCCCUAUGGGACCAUCGGCUGGUCCCGCUGCUCCACCUCCACCUCCACCCCCGCCCGCUCCCAACGUUAACAGCAAUGUUGUUACAAUACCCAACGCCCCGUCUAUGGGGCCCGGAAUCAUUGCCAACAAUGAUGUUCCACCCGAUAUGAAUUCAUUGGCUGCCGCUCUUCAGGCAGCCAGAUUGAAGAAGAAACAGCAAUCGCAACCGGUUGAAAACAGUGGAUCGAGCACGAGCAGCAGCGGAAGUGGCGGGGGCAGCGGUAACUAUGGAACACUGGGACGCAACGGCGGCGGCGGUAUGGCUUCGAUGAUGGACGAAAUGGCGAAAACUUUGGCACGACGACGCGCAGCCGUUGAGAAAAAGCAGCCCGAACAGCCACCGGAACCGGAAAGCUCGCCUGACAAAAAGUGGGACAAAAACAGCUCGUCGAAUAACAAAUUUUCGAACGGUGGAGAAUCGCCUAAGUCGGCGCGCAAGAGGUUCGGAUCAGCAUCGGAAGACACUCUUCUCAAAGUCAACGGAGUCGGUGACGGUCCGUCAUCUUCUGCUCAAGAGAUAGAGGCCUUUAAAGCUGAAAUAAUACUGGAACUGCGAAGAGAGUUUAAGAAAAUUAAGCAGGAAUUACUGGACGCCUUGAGGGGAGAACUCAGAAAUGGGUGAAAACGAGUCUGAAAGUGCAACGACAAGCUACAAAAAUGAUCAGCGAAAAGAAAAAGAGAGAUUUGACUAGAUAGCUCAACCACCGCAUCAUCGACAGCCACGGCACAGGUUUUUAUUACACAUUUGCGAAUACGAUGUAGCAAAGGAAGAAAGAAAGAGAGAAGAAAAAAAUGGAAGAAACAAGAACUAAAACAUUCGUGUAUAUCAGGCACUCGUUUGUAAGUUCGGUCAAGACUAGUUUAGCAUUCUAAGUAAACUUUACUGUCCCUCCGUUGCCUCUAAAACAUCGAUAUUGAAAAAAAAAUAUGGUGAAUAGAAUCAAUUGAGUGCAAUCGGAUCAAACGUUUUUAUGUUUUUUUUUUUUUUUUUCAUUCAUCGCGUAAAUUUCUGCACAAUCCUAUAUCUUUUAUAAAUUUUUCUCUUAUUCUACAACGCACAAUUAUUGAUAUUAUAUUUCCCAUCAAAAAUCAAACCUAAACUUCCGAUUUACAGAAAAAAAGGAUUUUUGAUGUUUUGAUCGAAUAUUUGAAAUUUUUGGUAACUAUUGUACGCAGGCUCAAUUGAUUCUACGGCCGUGGUGAAAGAAAAUGAACAAAAACAUAAUGUCGUCAGCCGUGAAGAUGAAACAGAGAUGAUUAUUCAAGACUUGAAUUCUAAAUGUUAAACACUUUUGAGAUUGAAAAAACAAAUGUUAUUUUCCAUUUAACAUUACGGUUAUUUGGCAGUUGAAUACAUUUUCCAAGAAUGAAAAAUGGAAAUAACGUCCUGGACGAUAAAUGAGACUGUCGAUUUUUCGAUUUCCACAUAUCGCGAUCAUUCCAAUCAAAUUUUUGUCAAAUCUCAAGUACAAAAUUUCGAUACGCAUUUAAAUACGGCUCUCUAACGUUUGGCCAGUUCUACACGGUCGUCUAUCGUUCCAAUCGAAGUUGACAAUUCAACUGCCAAAUGGCACGUUUGACCAUCGAUAUUCAUGAAUACCACAAUGUUCAUUCGAUUCUACGGAAGUUUCAUGGCUCAUUAUUGACACAAAGAAGAUGCCACAUAAAAUCAAAAGUAUUUAUGAGCUGCACAUGCUUUCUUCUUAGAUAAUAGCACAAAUUAUUUGUACUCGGAUCAGUCUUUGAACGGAGGGCUUAAUUUACACUUAUAUAUAAGCUACGAUCUCUAUUAGUCAUUUAAUUCUUAGAAGACAAAAACGAAAAUUUGUGAUUUUUCUUUUUACACACAAUUUAUUCGAAAAAAAUAGUACGAAUUGCUUUACGUACCUAUUUUUAUAAUUUUACUUAUCGACCGAGGAGGAAGAAUUUCGAUUGGAAGAAUAAGUAAUCAGUCUGUUUUGUAAUAUCAUUUUAACCAAUCGAAGAAUCCAUCAAUGAAAGAUAUUCCAUGAUUUCGGAUUACAUAAAUUUCUUAUUCUUUGUCUUCGUGUAACCGUAUUUUCACCAAUCGAGGCGCUCGAAUAACGGAUCUGCAGUAUCCCCCAUUCGGUACAAAUUCCGACUUGCGAUAAAAAUAAACCCAGAACAUUCUUCAUGAGGAUCCUAUAUCGGUGCCGUUGCCUUCGUACAAAAUUUUUCAAAGGCUGAUCGUAAACUUUGCACGACUCGAAGCGCCGUGUGCGCGCGUCCUCGUAAGAUUGUCGUCUUCUUUGCCGCCAAAUCAUUAUUUCAUGAGUAACAACAGUAUUGAUUCAUUUGACAAAAACAAAAAAAGAAAACCAACGAAAACGUCGCUUGGGAAAUGUAACACAAUGGAAAUUGUGAGUUAUCACUGAAAAUGUUCCAACGACUGAAUUGAUUUUGUGUGAAAAAAGUUGCUUCGAGUUUUUCAUAUGUUUUCUGGCGAAGAACGAUAGAGCUUGCGUCAUGGACAAAAAUCUUUCUAAGGAAGAUACAAAAAUACUCUUCUUCAAUCUAUUGCUAUCGACCUAGGAGCUUUAUCAUAAUGUUAUAUCUGUAUAUAUAAUUACACACACAUAUAUAUAUAUAAAUAUAUAUAUAUACACACGUACACAUAAACACUUUCGUUCUGGUACAGAAAAAGUUCGUGUAUUAGAAUUUGUCCUGUAUGAGAGGAGAAAAGUGAGAAACACUAAAAAAAGCAAGCAAACAAACGUUAAGACUGCGGUCCCGUCACGUGUGAAUCGUAUUCGUGAAAAACAAAAAACAAAAAAAAAACAUGAAAAAGAAUAAGAAAAUAAUGAAAUGAAAAAUAACACGCAGUUGGCUGUCAUUGUCAUACAGGGCCCCCCGUUCGGCGCGCGCAUGAACUCGGAAACCCCUCGUUUUUUAAAUGUAUUUUAUACGUCCCUUUUGUAAAUAUAAUUCUUAUAUCUUCCAGUAUAAUAUAUUUAUUUUUCAUUUUUCUACAAAAACGAGAAAAAGACGAAGAGGAAGAAAAAGAAAGGAAACGAAAGAAAAAAUAAAACGAAAAACGUUUACGGAAUUAAUUGUAUUCCGCGAAUUGUGCGUUUUUGCAUUCGAUUAGAAAGGCCCAAACGUCACUGACACGUCGAAACGUUUUGUGACGAGAAUCGGCUGUUUUCAUUUUUACAUAUUAUUUUCUCGUCUCAUGAGUUAUGACGUUUUUUUUCUCUCGCCGUACGGCCAUGACGAAAUGCUUUUGUUUUUCUUCUUACGCAUUGAUUUCGAGAUUUUUCAGAUCAUCGGAGACAAACCUCGAUGCAAGUACUGCUUUGCUCAUUUUUUUUAUGUCUUGGCGCUUUAUAAAAGUUGUUCUUUUUUUCCCGAUUUUAACUACUUUACGGGUAUCUACAACCGGAGCUUACGCUCGACGAAAUACGAGAAAUAUUCAUUAUCAUUACGAAGACAAUUCAAUGGUUGUUACACUUUUUUACUCACACACAACACACACUCACACACGUAAACACACACUUCCGAAACUUUUUUUUUCUCUUCCGUAAAACGAUAAUCACCCUCCGGACCAGACGAAAGAUUUGUCUAGCAAUUAAGAUCGCGUUAACAGUGUUUGAAAUGUAUCAUUUAAAAAAACAAAACUUUUAAAAAAUAAACGAGGACGGAGAGAAAACCGAAACGAAGGAAAAACAGACUAGAAUUUAGCCAGGGAAUGUUAGGUCAAGUGUGUUUCUUAACGUUAAAUUCAUUAACAACUAAAGACGAUGAUACAAAAUACGUUUGUUUAUGGGAUUAAGUAACGUUAUAUCAAGAAAAAGAAAAUACGACGAAAAAAAUGAAAGCGAUGGAAGAGGAAAAGAGAGCGUGAGCGAGAACGAAUAUUUCUCGUGUAAUAAUGCUGAAGACAUAAGUGUAACCGAGGCCAUCAUAAUAACUUGUACUGUAAUAAUAAAUUACCAAUGUUCAACAACCGCUAACAAAAGUCAUUUUUUUUUUUCACCGUCAUAUUUGUUUGUAUGAAAAUAACUGAAACGGGGUAUGUUUUUUCGCUCGAACAGACGAAAUUUCGCGUCACACUUUCGUUGGCGGUUGUGAAUGCAUUAAAAAAACAAGGAGGAAUAAAAUAAAAAAUUAAACAUUAUAAAGUAUUUUAUAUUUCACGAACUUGAAAGAAAAAAAAAAAAAGAAACUACUAAAUUGACUAUUUCAUAGCCACAGGAGUCAGGCAAAAUACGAGAUCGAAUUCGUGUUUUCACGUCAAUUACUCUCAUUUUCAAAACCGAAUUAACGAGCCAAGGAAAGUCGAUAUUUCCCAAGCUUUUUCGAUUCACGGAAGACUGGAAAAGUGUCUUCGUUUUUAAAAAAUUCAAAUGUAGCUCUGGAUCUUUCGUUCAUUGAGACAGCUGCUGAACGUAGAAUAAUUUUGUAUUUUUCUACUAUACUUUCGCUUUGGCGAAAAGCAAUCGGCUCUUCAAGAGCUGUAAUGAUCAUCAAGUUUUAGUAAAUUAUCGCAUCGAUCGAUCGUUAUGAACACACGCGCGCGCGCGCACACACACAGACACACACACACAAAAUUGACGAUGACGGCUGUGAUUGGAUUCAUGAAACAAAGAUUAGUCAGAACGGUCUUAUGAUGCGAGCUAAUUCGUUCCACCGAAACAAGUAAACUGAAGAAAAGAGUUUCUAUCUCGGUCCUCCGACUCCUGUGGGAAUUGAUUGCAUUUAUUAUUCGAUUAAAAAUAAUGAAAAAGCGAAUAAUGCGACUUAGCUUAUACACACAACGUUGUUAAGAUUAUUCGCUCGUACCGGUGAUCUUUUUCAGCAUCAAUUUAACGACGAACGAAAAAAACAAAAACAAAUGAAAACAUGUAAAUUCGAUCGAAUAUAUUAUAAUAUAUGUAUAGAAAAAAACGAAAAUCACCCGCGCAAUCCACCACAUUUUUAUCAUCAUGAUUUUCUGCGUGAAAAAUCGCCAUCGUUAACGAUGGCCAUUCGAGCUUUCUUUUUCGUUCCACUUCAUUCAUUCUCAGAUUGUUCAUUUAUCUUCCGCUAACUGAAUGCUGAAAAAAUGCUGACGAGUGUGUGGAUUAUGAAGCGAGAAUGACCCCUCGUGACGAAACGUAAUAACGAUUUCCCGUUUAAUUUUUUUCCAUCAUCACACAGGGCUCAAGUUUUUUCGAGUUUUCAACAGAGAAUUCGUACUCGCAAUUGAAACCGAAAAGACGAGUGAACAUCAGCGAACGUUCGGGUGUACGAACACGCUUAUAAAUAUUACGCGAUUGAGAGAAGUCGGUGAAGGAAUUCGACAACGCCACAUAGUAUUUGGAAAAGGAAAUUAGACGAUAAGUAAUGUAAAAGUAAUUUGUAUGAAUACGUUUAAAUUAUGAAUAUAAACACCGGCAUAUAGAUGAUAAAUAAGAAGAGAAAACGUGAGAAAAGUGCGGGAGUAAUACUAGGUAAACUAGGUUCUCAUUUCAUAAACGUAUCUCGAGGAAAAAAGCCGCGAAAAAAAUGGAAAAAAAAACAAUAUUUGUAUGUAAAUUAAUGACGAAAAAAAAAAAUAUAUAUAAAAACAAAAAUAUUGAUGCGAGUUAGUAA